UUGUCAUUAGUCCAUUUCCAUUACAUAUUUUACUGAAAAUAAUUAUGGAAAUUGUUCAUAAUUUAUUUUAAGAUAAAGUGGAGUUACAACUAGUAGUACAAAUUUAAUUAAUAUGAGUUUUUUUAAAUUUGCAUUUGGACCUAAAUUAUUUAAAGAGUAUGGAAAUGGAUCAACACAAAAGAUAUAUGAGGCUGGUGGUUUGGAAAAGUGGGGCGAUCAAAUUAUGUCAACUUUAUCAAUGAUAUGGCAAAUUGGAUACUACACAUCGCCUAUAUUAUUGACAUUUCUUUACCGUCGUGGAUAUUUUGUAACCGAAUCUAUUAGUUCGAUAGCUAAAUUUACUACUGGUAUUGGAAUAAUAGUUAUUAUAUCAUUGUGUAUGAAAGGUUUUGGUCGUCAACAGUGUGCAACAUAUUCAAGAUUUUUAAGAGCACUUGAGAGUUCAAAAACAAACACUGAAUCAGGAAAAAAUCUGAUUAGAAAGUUUGAUUUCGAUUUUAAAAGUUGGCCAGUUGACUAUGAUGUUAAUGAAAACGAAAAUGAGAAAAAUAAAAGAGGAAAUAAUUCCUUUGAAAGAUCACAACGUCAAAGGUCAUUUUGGAUGUCAUCUUUACCAUGUGAAAUAAUCGCUUACAUUGCUAUUCACACAUUUGGAUUAAAAUUAAUUUAUCCAGGAUCAGUAAGAUUAUUGCAAAGCUAUUUUACACCACUGUUGAUUCAAGGUAGAGCAAAAUUAAUUGAACAAGAAAAUGCUACAAGAAAUAAGAUAAAAACUAAAGACGGAAACGAAAUUGACACAAUAUUUGUUGAUAAUAGACAAAAGUCAAAUAAUGGUAAAACACUGGUUAUUUGUUGUGAAGGAAAUGCAGGUUUCUAUGAGAUUGGCAUUCUUUCCACACCUUUAUCGCUCAAUUAUUCUGUUUUGGGAUGGAAUCAUCCAGGUUUUGGGGGCAGCACAGGAAAACCAUUUCCGGCACAAGAUCAAAAUGCAAUUGAUGCAAUCAUGCAAUUUGCUUUAAAUAAAUUAAAUUUUCUACCAAAAAAUAUUUUGCUUUACGGUUGGAGUAUUGGUGGAUAUCCAACAAUAUGGGCUGCAACUCAAUAUCCUGAAAUAAAAGGCAUAGUUUUGGAUGCAACUUUUGAUGAUGUCUUGCAGUUAGCACUACCUCGCAUGCCAGAAAAAUUAUCUGGAAUAGUACGGAUUGCUAUAAGAGAUUAUGUAAAUUUGAAUCAUGCUGAAAUGAUUAAUUAUUACUCUGGACCAGUUUUAAUGAUUCGAAGAACUGAAGAUGAGAUUAUAUGUGUCGAGGAAAAUAAAAUAGAAACAAAUCGAGGAAAUUUUUUGCUACUUAGUUUUCUAAAAUAUAGAUAUCCCUUGAUUUUUAGAGAUCUACAAAUGGCUUAUGCUAAGUCAUUACUUUCUAAACCAUUGGAGAAUUCUACUAAUCCAGAGGAUAAUGAUGACGAAUUAUGUUUAUCUUUAUUAACGUCAUAUGUAACAGAUAAAUCAAAAAGCUAUCCAAUGUUAAUUGGAGAAAAUUAUACAGAAGAACAGCGAAAUAAAAUGACAGAAUUUUUGAUAAAAAAACAUUUCCGUGAUUAUAAAUCUUCACAUUGUACACCAUUACCUAGUGAUUACUUUUCAACGCCAUUUGAUAUUCAUCCAAUAAGCGAUAAUGAUUUUAUAUUCACUUAAAAAUAUUUAAAUUUUAUAUUAUAAAACAUAUAAGUAUAUAUUGAAAAUAAUAGUUUUUUUAAAUAAUGUAUUUUGAAUUACAUUUUUUCAAAUUAGCACUCAGUUGAUAAAUAAUGCAAUAUUUAUAUUUGUACAUACUUACAUACGUAUUAAGAAAGAGAAAUUUCAAGGUGUAAUGGUAUUUUAUAGAACAUUAUGGAGUUGGAAUACUAAAGUUAAUAAAAACUAAAUUUUUUAGCAUUUAAAUAUCGUGUAUAUGCAUUGAAUAACGUAGUUUUUAGACUCGAAAAAAAAAGAAUCUGUCAUUUGGGUUAGCCAUAAUUUAAUUCGCAAAUAAAAAGUUUAACAAGAAAUGAUAAAAGCAAGUUUGAUUCUAUAUAUUACUUAAGAAUAUUUUAGGAACGAAUGUGCGCAAUAUGAAU